AUGAGUGUGGAAGCUGUCUCCCUGACAUCUUCGGGGACAACUGAGAGCGAUUGGGGAACAAGUGUUACUCCUGGUGGUAGCCCUGACGCAACUGUUAAAGGACUCGCGCUGGAAGAUGAAAACGGGGAUUCCUUGAUAGGUCUGAAUAACACGCUUCAUGAAGAACUUGAAGAUAUAUGGGAUACUGAGACAUCAAGGUCUGAAUACCCUGCUGAUGAUACAGAUAAGGUUGGCUCAUGGUCUUGGUAUUCGAUAUCUUGGACUUGGGUCACUCUUGGAGAGCUAGUCGUCGGGGUGAUCGGGAUCAUUGGUAACCUUCUGAUAAUCAUUGUUCUUUUUCAGCGGCGCGCUAAGAGCCGAUCUACCGACACACUCAUAGGCGCACUUGCGGCGGCAGAUCUCCUGACCUCGGUUGGGCUGCUUCCUGUUCCAUAUGCCAAAGGUGUUCCGGUAUCCUGGCUCGGACGAGUCUACUGCAAACUGGUAUGGCUUCCGGCCUACAUGUUGGCGUGGACAUUCCUGUCAGGGUUUGUGCUAUCCGCCAUCUCUAUUGAGCGUUACAUCGCGGUCACUCAUCCCAUCUACUUUAACAGGAUUUUAACCAAACGGCGAGUAUCUGAGGUGGUUGUGAUUUUAUGGAUCUUAUCAAUGUUGCUUUGCAUCCCCGGUUACUUCAUAGCUGAUGUGGACAAAGCGAAGCGUCGAUUGCUCCGUUAUCAAAUCCAAGCGAAUUCUCAGAUUGCCAACGGCGCCCUGAUCCUAGCUGCUGUCAAUUCCAGCAUCAACCCCAUCAUCUACAGCAUCCGUUACCAGGAGUUCCGCAAUGCAGUCAAGGACUUGUUUGUAGGGGGAAAGGUCCAAAGUAAAGCGAUGUUCGAUGAUCCUGACGUCGAUAACUUCUCUACCAAGGAUGGACCGGCCUAA